AAAAGAGGUUAACUCGUGGUUGGCUUUAUUUAGAUUUUAGUGGCUCACGGAAACGACAAACCACCGCCUCCCGCUUCUCUCUAUAAAUACGUCCAAUCUCGAACGCUAAUUCAUCUCAUCAAAUCGAGAAAUCUUGAAAGCGAAGAUUUGAAAGUUAAACGCGUUCAAUUCUAGGCGACCGAAGUUCCUCUCCAACAACUUUCAUGGUUGAUCUCGACCUCCAGAUUCCAACCGCUUUUGAUCCCUUUGCUGAGGCCAAGGAUUCGGGUGCCCCAGGAGCCAAGGAGUAUGUGCAUAUACGCAUACAACAGAGGAAUGGGAAGAAAAGCUUGACGACAGUCCAGGGGCUGAGAAAGGAAUUCAGCUACGAAAAGAUUCUUAAAGAUGUAAAGAAAGAGUUCUGCUGCAAUGGUAAUGUUGUUCAGGAUAAAGAACUGGGCAAGGUGAUUCAGCUCCAAGGUGAUCAGCGCAAGAAUGUUUCUCAAUUCCUAAUCUCUGCUGGUAUUGUGAAGAAGGAUCAGAUCAAGAUUCAUGGUUUCUAGGCCUCUGGAGCCAUUAAUUUGAUUAGUUGAAGAUAUAUGGUGGUUGAGUAUUAAAGUGUGUUAUUUGGAGAUUGUGAGUGAUCCUUGAGAACAAUCUCUUUUCUGUCUGCUGCAGUUUUCAUUUUCAACCCCUUGAUGUUUUCAUGGGGUAUCCAGUAAACUGUAACUGCACUUCUUUUAUUAAUGAAGUUGAUAUCUGCUCAAGUAAUGCAGAUUUGUCUAUUU